UAAAACCAAAACAAAACAAAACAAAGACUCCGCAACACAUACAUAUACUACUACUUUAGAAAGAGAGAGAAAGUGAGUGAGUGUGUGUCUAUCUGUGUCUGUAGCUUUUGGGAAUCUUUCAUCCUUUGAGAUCAUUCAUCAUUGAGAUUGUGAAAACCCCAGAAAAAAAAAAAAAAACAAACCAAAAACCAUAGUUCUCUGUUUUUGUGCAAAAAAAUUAAAGAAUCUUGCAUUAUAUCCCCACUACAUCGAUAAUAUCUCUUAAAUUAAGAUACUAUUGGGCAUUUUACCUUAAACCCAUUUAAGCAGAAAAAGAAAAGAUUGGAACUUUAAAUGGAAGUUUCUAUUUCAUCCUGAAUUUAUAAACUUGAUCAGUUUAUUCAUGCAAUACCCUUUAUUUAAUUGGUUGAUUUUGAUAGUGAAUCUGAUCAGAAACUUCAUUUGGGAAUGAAGGGUGGUGAUGGAGUGAUGGCUCCACCUCCGCCGUUGGAUUGGAAGUUCUCUCAAGUAUUUGGGGAGAGAACUGCUGGUGAAGAGAUUCAGGAAGUUGAUAUAAUAUCAGCCAUUGAAUUCGAUAAAACCGGGGACCAUCUUGCUACUGGUGAUCGCGGGGGUCGGGUUGUUUUGUUUGAGAGAACCGACAAAAAGAAUCAUGGUGGACCUAGAAAAGAUCUUGAGAAGAUGGAAUGUUCAAAUAGUAGGCAUCCUGAGUUCCGUUAUCAGACUGAAUUUCAGAGCCAUGAACCUGAGUUUGAUUACCUUAAGAGCUUAGAAAUUGAGGAGAAAAUCAAUAAAAUCAGAUGGUCUCAGAUGGCUAAUGGUGCAUUAUUUCUUCUUUCCACUAAUGACAAAACAAUCAAAUUCUGGAAGGUCCAAGAGAAGAAAAUCAAGAAAGUGUGCAAUGUCAAUUUAGAUCCGUCAAAUAUUAAUCGAAGUUGUUCUUCAACUAGUGCAAGUAUGCUGACAAAUUCCAAAUGCAUACCUAACGGAGGAUGCAGUCUCAAACCUGCCAAUUGCUUGAGCACUGAUUUUUCAUUCCCGCCUGGGGGUAUUCCGUCUCUACGCUUACCCACGGUAACUAGUCAAGAAACAAGUCUUAUGGCAAGUUGCAGAAGAGUAUAUGCUCAUGCUCAUGACUACCAUAUCAAUUCUAUUUCAAAUAACAGUGAUGGCGAGACCUUUAUUUCGGCUGAUGACCUCCGUGUAAAUCUCUGGAACUUGGAAAUUAGCAGUCAAAGUUUCAAUAUCGUUGAUGUUAAGCCUGCAAAUAUGGAGGAUCUGACUGAGGUGAUAACUUCAGCAGAAUUUCAUCCUACCCACUGCAACAUGUUAGCAUAUAGUAGUUCAAAGGGUUCUAUCCGACUAAUAGAUCUACGACAGUCUGCUUUAUGUGAUAGUCAUAGCAAGCUGUUUGAGGUACAGGAAGCUCCUGGUUCAAGAUCCUUUUUCACUGAGAUAAUUGCUUCAAUUUCAGAUGUCAAAUUUGCGAAAGAUGGUAGAUAUAUGCUUAGUCGUGAUUAUAUGACUCUUAAGCUAUGGGAUAUAAAUAUGGAUUCUGGACCUGUUGCAACUUUCCAGGUUCAUGAACAUCUGAGACCAAGGCUCUGUGACUUGUAUGAAAAUGAUUCCAUUUUUGACAAAUUUGAGUGCUGUCUGAGUGGAGAUGGACAGCGAGUGGCAAGUGGCUCGUACAGCAAUUUGUUUCGCGUAUUUGGCUGCUCUUCUGGAAGCACAGAAGCCACAACCUUGGAAGCGAGCAAAAAUCCCAUGAGGAAGCAAUUUCCAGCCUCUACAAACCAUAGACCUUCAAGACCUGGUGGCACCUUUACACGUGGUGCAAGGCAAGGAUCGGAGAGCCCUGGAAGUGAUGCAAAUGGAAAUGCUUUCGAUUUCAACAUGAAAUUGCUUCAUUUAGCAUGGCACCCCACCGAAAACUCAAUUGCAUGUGCUGCCGCAAACAGCUUGUAUAUGUAUUAUGCCUAGAGAUAUUCUUGGAGCGCAAUGUGGUUCUACAUUUUAAAGCUGUUCAUCUUGAACGUGAAAAUUUUAAUGGUGAAUCUUAGAGCAUUUCUGGAAUGAAGACUUUUGUAGAUCGAAGUAUGUUAGAAGAAGGAUUGCCAGAAAUGGCUACCCUCUGCUGUGAGGUCAGACUCAGAUGAAAAAUAUAAGUUACAGGAAGCAUUUUAACAGUAGAUACUAUCGCGAGGUUGUCUCGAUCACUUGGCAGUGAUGAUGCUUGUGGACAUGAACUUCAACUGCAGAAUGCGAUAAUAAUGGAGCUCUUAAGGUUCAUCAUUCAUUCACAUCAAUAUCAUCCGCCUCUUGUAUUAUUACUGAACUAUUAGCAGUUUUAGGAGUUCAUGCCAAAUUUUAUUACUGUUAUUAUAGCCAUUUUUACCUUCUAACCAAUUCUUUUGCCCUUUGUUUCCCAACUUUGCUGUUGUAUAAUGAUAUGAUCUUAAUUAACCAAUGCUUUUUUUUU